AUGAUUGAUGGCAAGAACCUCACAAAUUUGCGUUUUGCUGAUGACAUUGUUUUAUUAUCCGACAACCUAAGGGAUACUGAAGUGAUGCUCCGAGAAUUGGCGGGAGGAGUGCAAAUAUUGUUGUGGGUGACAGUGAGGUGGAGCUUGUGUGAUAGGUAUAACUACCUGGGACACGAGAUACAGAUCACAAGAGACAAUCAGACAUACGAACUGAAGCCAGAUGCUCAAGGCAACGCCCUGUCUUGGGCCGCCUAUGGAAAGUUACAAGAUGUGUUUAAGGGCGACCAGCCAAUCGUCGCCUAA